GGCAUGGACGGACCAGCAGAGAUGGAGCCGCUCUUGGGGGAGCUGCCGCUGCGCUUCUCGCGGCUGCCCAUGUUCCCCUUCUUCGACUUGGCCCAUUAUGCCGUCUCGGUGAUGUCUCUGAAAGAGCAGCGGGGAGCAGUGGACGUAUCGUGCCAUAGCCCUAUCGCAUGCUGGUUUAGCGCUAUGCUUUACUGCUUUGGUGGGUCCAUUUUGUCUUCCUUGAUGCUCGCGGAACCUCCAGUUGCGUUUCUUGCCAAUACUACAAAUGUCCUCCUUGCCUCAUCCGUCUGGUAUCUAAUAUUUUAUUGUCCACAUGAUCUUUUCUAUCGCUACUUGUCAUGCCUGCCUAUUCGACUGUUGAUUUCAGGGAUGAAGGAAGUGACAAAAACAUGGAAAAUAAUGGGUGGAGUCAUGCAUGCACACAGCCACUACAAAAACGGGUGGAUGGUCAUGAUAGCUGUCGGAUGGGCCAGAGGAGCCGGCAGUGGCCUCAUAUCUAACUUUGAACAGUUGGUGAGAGGAGUGUGGAAGCCAGAGACUAAUGAACUGCUGAAGAUGUCCUACCCUGUGAAAGUGAGCUUGGUGGGAGCAGUACUCUUCACAAUGCAGGCCACUCAUUACCUUCCAGUGGCAAUUCAUGACCUCAUGUUGUUCUACACUGUCUUCUUAGUGGUUGUAAAGGUAGCCAUGAUGCUGACAGAAUUUAGGACUUCUCCAUUUGCCGUGUUUGAGAACGCAGUGGGCUCCUUCCUGUUUGGUUUUGACCCAGCUUCCGUGAAAGCAAAGGGCAAGGCCAAAAUAUCUCAUAAUGGUGGCCCCUCAAACAGUGAAUGUACUUCUGGUGGCGAGAUGGGGGACGGUGUUAAGAAAAGGCAUGCAAAGAAAACCGAAUAAAAAAAUGUUGAGAAUAGUGCUUUUAGGUGGCCAAAAAUACUUUGUACAUGGCCAUACAUGAGUUUAACGUUUUUCCCAAUGAUGUGAAAUGACAAUUGUAUAUAAGGAAAUAAAUGUAGCAAGAGACUAGCUCCAAUUACUCUCCGAGUUCAGUCUGUUGUAAAGUUUCCUACAUAGGCCCCUCUCGAGGGAUUUCCCGCAGGCCACAAUUCUUGUGGAUUUCUAUCUACUACUUCUACAUGGCUCCAAGGUGCCUCUGAAAUUUUCUUCUUUUUUUUGUAAAAUAGAGUUGGAUACGAGACAUCAUGUUAGAUUAUUUUUCCUAAUGUAAAUGAUAAAAUAAGAGACUAUAUUUGAUCUACUUGUAUGAGAAAAUUUUCUUGUGAUUAAAUUUUCCAGUUAAGAAAACCGAUCCCCCUGCUUUUAAAAACGUGGUAAAAUAUUUUUCCGUGAACAGCAAGACUUGCCUAUUUUUUUGUUGUUGAUUAUAACUUAUUUUAGGUACUAUCCAACCUGUGUUAAGCAUUUUCAGAUCCAAUACAGGAGAGAUAAAUUUGUGGUGAACCUUUUUGCUGAAGUGAGGCAAGACAGGACAGUGGAUUCUACCCUAGAGGUUUAGUGGCAGAGGUUUUCCCUCUCAGUAUGUAAUAUGUAAAAUAUUGUUUUAAUCUAACUGAACAAUGUGAAGCGUUUCUGUGAAAAAGUAACACAUUCGGUGACUGAAAGGAGUGAACGUUCACUUGUACAGUCGAACUUUAGACACCAGCUUAGCCUGCAGUCACUUCCUCUGAAACCUCUGAUUUUAUUGUUGUUCUGGCACAGAAUGCACAAGUUUGUCAGUUUCCACGCUUGAGUCACAAGAAAUCUUGUUGUUUUUUACAGAUUUUUCAUAAUUGUUUAAACUUUUCUCUAUUUACACAUUUAGAGCACUUUGAUACCAGAUGCUAUCUUGGAUCCAGUGGAGCAUUAUUGUGAGUGGAACUGCUGGUACUUGUGGAGAAUUACUUUCUCACCUCUCCCCUGCAGCCCAAAAUACUCUUCAAAAUUCAGUUCCUGGAUGUCCCCCCCCUCCCCCAAGAGCAACAUCUCUGGGGGUAUUUUGAGCUGUAGCAGGAGGGGAAUUGGUUGGAGAGGCAAGCUCUGUGGGCGGAAAUUUCCAUGUGUAGAAAUGCUCUGUUGGAUCCAGGCCGAUGGUAAACGUGAAGAGGGCUUUUAAGGGGGCAGCUAAACUAGUUGCAGUGAAAAUUCAUGUGAAUGAUAAUCAUAUCAAAUGAUGCAAGUUCGUAGGCAUGAAUAGUCACACUUUUUAAUCUAACUGGGACUUCUUAUAGAAAGAACGUGGGCCUUUCUUCAAAUGCAGCACAAAUCAUUCAUGAAUUAGAAGAUGCAUUCCAGAGAGCUUUCUCCAAAUCAUCUGGAGCAAUGACUCUCUGAUGUUAGCUGGAGGUAGGCUAGGCCUGCUCAGUUUGUGACCCACCAAGCCAAAUGCAACUCAUUAGCCAUGUAUAUCAGGUCCCUAGGGACUUAACCUGUUUCUUCCUCUUCCCCAACUGCAUGGGACUAUAAAAACAAGGAGGACCAUUAAAAAAACCCAGCCACAACAUAUGGCCGUUGCUCAGCUAUUGGUUUUUUGGGUCACAGAUCAUGUAGGGCUGCUAACCGUUUUUCUGCAUUGAGGAGAAGUAUUUUUAUCAAACUUUUAUUGGCACUUUGUGUGGAACGCUAAUUGUAAAUACAGUAUGUGGAAAGAAGUUCUUUUUUAUUGAAUAGGUGAUUCCCACGUUACUGGGCUGAAGAACUGAGUCCAAUUUAAAAACAAAAUGGCCAACAUUUUCGGACACAUCAGCUGUCAAGAUGGGGCCUGCAGGCCCAUGAAUGUUCAGAGAGCAGACUGGGCCUAGGCUCAUGUCUUGUUUUGCUCCCUGCGAAACGCAACCCUUUUUACCAGCAAAAGAUGUGAACGGGAGGUGUGCAGUAUUCCUCAUGCCAGGCGUCCACAUUUUGCCUUACAACUUCUUGGAGCUCAGUUUACCAUCUAGGUGGUCAGUUCUGGAAUGUUCUACGUGACUAGAAUUCCCCAAGAGGGUUCUCGGAAAUUUCCAUCUAGUAUUAUGCUGAAUUUUGACUACUAGGCAGCUGAAAAACAAAACACCAGCAAACCUACUUCUAACAUGUGACGUCUUUGCACUUAUCAACUGUCUUGAUGCUUUUUGGUACUAGAUUUUUGUACGGGGUUUGGUGCUGUCCUCAUGCACUUCUACGGUUUUUGCACUGUUGUUGUUUUAGCACAAAUUGAUGUGAAAAUGUGUUUUAAAUUAUUGUAAAAAAGACAUUUAGUUGGGCAGAAAAUGGUCUGCUUUGUAUUUUGAUUCUCUCUGCAUUUACAAACCUGCUAUUAAAAAAACCUUGAAACUGU